GUUUGCGACAGAUAAUUGUUACCAGGUGGCCAAUAAGGCGUUACAGAUGCUCGGAGGCUAUGGGUUCCUGCAAGAUUACCCUGUGGAGCGAUAUCUGAGGGAUCUUCGAGUGCACACCAUUCUGGAGGGCACGAACGAGAUAAUGCGCCUCAUCAUAGCACGACGCCUCCUACAACCAUGA